CAAUCUCUGAAUGCGAGUUAGGAUUUGAAGACUUUACAUUAUUUGGAAAGCAUGGAGAUCCCAUUGGUUGUUGCUCUGCUGGUCGUGAUAGCACAGGGUAUUCAGGCAAAUCACGUGACCUGUAAACGUAAUUACGUCAAGAUAGGCUGCUAUAACGAUAACACUAAACCAUUGCCGAUACAGCUAAUAACAGACCGUGACAAGAACAGCGCUCAUUACCAAAACCACACGAUCGAUUGGCAGAAUUGGUGGCUCUACAUUCACAGUCUCGCUUGUCGCUGUGCAGAAAAAACAAAAAGUCGUAACUACAAAGUCUUUGGUCUUCAGAACUUYGGGGAGUGUUGGAGCGGUCCUGGUGCUGAGAAGGAAUACGCACGUGACGACAAAUCAACCAGUUGCUAUCCUCACCCUUGUGAUGUCAACAACCCUCAUGAAUGUGUUGGAAUGGCGGGCACGAACUUCAUCUAUAGGAUCRAAGAUGACCCUUGUGUGUCAAACCCUUGUAAGAAUGGUGGAAGUUGCAGCACAGGUUCAAACGGUUUUCACUGCCGCUGUCCACCAAAUUUUGAAGGCACAGAGUGUGAAARUGAUGUGGACGAGUGUUUAAGCAAUCCAUGUAAAAACAACGCUGCUUGUAAAAAUACUCACGGAGGGUUUGAAUGCGCAUGCCCACAGGGAUUUAAAGGAAAGCUUUGUGAACACUCAUGUUACGCGCCAGUGGUUGAUUUGUGUAUAUUGGUUGACUCAUCGGGAAGCAUCGGCAACAAUAGGUUCAUGGCCAUCAAGAGAUUUUUGUUGUCUUUAGUGCAUGGUCUAGACGUGUCUCAAACCACAACUCACGUGGCGACCAUCAACUACAGYAAGAAGCCAAUCGUUCAUGCACGACUCGACGAUCCCCAACUUUACCACCCAAUAUGGCUCAAGCUAAGCAUGCUWAAGUURCAAUUCCUUGAUGAUGUGACCAGAACCGAUCUUGCUSUGAAGAUGGCUGAUAAGGAGAUUUUUACCCUUGGGGGUGGGGACAGGAGCUCUGCRCCUGACGUCWUGGUAGUGAUUACCGAUGGAGUKCACUCAAASGAGAGCGCAGCAAUCAAGGAUGUAGUCAAGCCUUUGAAGGAUCGAGGUGUGCGCAUAAUCGCAGUUGGAGUCGACAAAUCCGCUGCCCGYAAAGAACUACAGGAGAUCGCCUUGGGGAACAAAGACAACGUUUUUAUUGAGGACGACAUCGAGAAAAUUCCUAUUCACAUGCUWUUGAAGGCGAUAAAAAGCACUUGUUGAAUAUCACAUUGCCAACGUCAUUCACCUUGUUCUAUUAAGCAGCAUGUCAAAGAGAGAGGAUUAUAAAUAGGCAGUUUUAGAAAUAUAGAAUA